AGAUGUUGGAGACCAGGAAGAAACAGAUACUGAAGGAACAACAGCAGCAGACAUCACAGCACAGUGAACCUGAGGAGACAACUGGAACAUCAACAACCCAUUAUCCACUUGAGCGAGAGUUAACACCUUGUGUGAAGGACGAGAGUGAUGAUGAAGGGCUAUCAAAGAAGGAAAACUUGCACGAUCUUUUACAAGAGGGAUUAACUACAAAUCUGACGUGGGAGGACGGACAGGCAUUGCAGCGUUGUGCCGAGGAAGCUGGGAAUCGGGAAACUGCGGCAAACAUCCUUGGGACUCGUUACCUGUCAAACAAGAGUAAAGCAGAUUAUAGCAGCGAUAGAGACACCACCAGCAAAAAGGAUUCCAGUUUGCGUGAGUCGAGCAGCACAUCCAGAAAGCGCCGGACACGGGCUAAAUCAUUCUUUCCUGUUUCGGCUAAAGAAGAGAAUCGUGGCAAAUCAGGAACAUUAGAAGACUUGUUGCUGUUGACGAGAUUGAAAACAGCAGAUCAAGAUGCGGAUGUUCGUGUGGAGGAUGAGCACAGUGUUCAUCUAGGAUUGUUUACUGAUCGCCGGGGCACGUACAGAUGUCUCAACAGAGAAGGCGAGUACCAUCUGAACAAUGACAGCAUGGACUACGCCAUACAGAUGGAAAUAUGGAAGGGGAACAUUGGGGGCGCUCUGCAGAUCGCCACAGACAGAGAGGAGCUGUCCGACUGGCUUGUGGGCCUGGCGCCUCUUGCUUCCUACGACACGUGGCUGGGGAUGUGUGAGGAGUACGCCCGGCAGCUGGAGGGCGACGGUCAGUAUCACAAGGCCACCUCCUACCUGCUGGCCUGUCACAAGGUGUACGGAGCCAUCGACCUCUUCAAGCGGCACCGACUCUUCAAGGAGGCUGUGGCACUAGCUCGUAUGAGGUUGUCUCCCCUUGACCCAGUGUUGGAGGACCUGUACAUGGAGUGGGCUCAGAUGUUGAUGAAGGACGGCAACUACGAACAGGCUGCCAAGUGCUACCUAGCUAUGAAACAGAUCCAGGAUGCUGCCAAUCUGUUGACCAAGAGAACUGACCAAUCGUCUCUCAAGACAGCCACUCACAUGACUCUGUUAGCCAAUGAAAAGCCUCAGGGAUUUCUGUAUGCCCAUAGAUUGGUUCAUCAGUUCAUUGCCAAGGAUGACUGGAAGCAGGGCUACAAGUUCCUGAAGGAACAUGAAACACUGAAGAUGUUGCUGCCGUUCCUCAGCAUGCACGAGUUGCUGGUCCGGGAGCUGCAGUCCGUCACGCCGGGGACGCUGAAGGAGGUGGACCCCACCUGCUUCACAGAGUGGGGGGAGGUACAAGCUGGGAAGGGUUUCAUUCCAGAUUUCAUCCUUGAUGUAGCUGAAUGUGAUCCUGUGUUGCCAUGGAAGCCCUACAUGGUUGGAGAGCACUCCUUCCCACACCACGUACUGAAGGUCUGGUCCGGUAACCUGGACAUUGGCAUGGACUCUGAGAGCCUCACUCUGACAUACAGGACUCUCCAGCAACUGCAGUCAGGGAGACAGAGUCACAUCGACCCCCAGCAGUUGAUGUUCCAAGUGUGCAUGGACCUGACGUUGUCGCUGCUGGCCGUGCUGCUGGGCGAGACCUCCUCUGCCAUCAACCACCUACUACACGGAGUGUCCACUCUGCACACUGUGGGUCAGCUUGACCUCAUGGAGGCUGUGUGUCAGCUGAUGCUGCCCUUGGGUCCCAAGUACCUGCUGAAGCUGCAGCAGGAAGCCACAGCACUGCGAGUCCUCAUCAGCAUGGAGGCCCACCUGGAGGUGGAGGGGUCGGGGAAGGCACCCUCACUCAAACGCUACCUCACCGAGAUCAAGGAGGAUGACAGUGUGUCCACCUCGGGGCUUCGCUGUCGAGAACUGGACUGCCUCCGUGCCUACUACUACCUUGCGAUCCUGCAUUACUUGAAGAACACCAUCAGGGAGGAUUCCCUGGCUCAGGGUCAGGCUGCCGAAGCAUCAGUAGAUGAUGACUGCAAGGUCCAGGCAAAUGUGGAUCUUGAGCAGUUGACUGUUAAGGAGUCCGAUAAUCCACUUGAAGGUGAAGGUCAGUCUGUAUCAGGUCAAGACAAAGACCAGUGUGUUGUUCCUUGUCAGAGUCAGGAUUUAUCCAAUGUUAAAAGUGAAAGUGAACCAGCAAUACCAAGUGAUGAUCAGGGUCAGUGUGUUGUGCAAGGUCAAGGUCAGUCGGUUUCAGUUGGUCAAGGUCAGACAGAUAUUCCAAGUGAUUCCAAAGAGGUUUCUAAUGAAGUAGGCAAGGCUGUGGCCAGCAGUGAGAAGGAUGUAAGUGACUUGGAGCUAGCAAGUGGGACGGAUGCUGAGGGUGCCCAAGGAGGGCAAAGUGCCUUGGAUAAGGAUUCCAUUCCAUCUGAAAGCGAUGACCAAAGUAAUGUAUCCAAAAAGUGCCAAACUGCUGACACUGUUCAGUUGUUAUCAAUCACCAAACUUAAACAGAUAUCCAGAGGCCUACUGUGGGACAUACAGGCCAAAAAACAUUCUCUGACAGAGACUCUUGGCUACAUCCAUAAAGCCAUCUCUAAACACCUGCUGGCAGAUAAAUCCAAGGACUACCAAUCAAGUGGAUUCAAACGAGUACCUCAACAAGCUGCUGGAGGAGAGAACAGUAACAGUCUCAUCAACGGGUUCACCAGUGGAGGGGAUGACACCGAGAACACAGGAUCAAGUCAGGCUGUUGAUGGAGCAAGUGCUCAGGCAGCAUCGCCAUCAUCACCAUCAUCAGCACAUUUCACUGUUCCUAAUGGACUCAAGGAUGGUCUUGCUGCAGCAGGUACUGUGGCCAGUCUCUGCAACCCUGUUGAUCCAUCAGACAUUGAGUUAGUGUCCUUUUCUGGAACAGAAACUUUUGCCAAGUCUCGGAAGGUUCUCUGGGAAGAUGAACCACACAGUUGUGAGAAUGUUGACUCGCGCCCGAGGAAGGCCAGCUGUGUGUUGAAUCCAGCCAAGUACAUCAAUGUGCCAGAUGAGUGGUAUGGCAUGCCCGUAGACGAGAAGUAUUUCAGGCCCUAUGUUACCAUGGCAGUACUGAAGGAAGAGCAGGAGUAUGUGAUGCACGAACUGAAGCGGGUGCCAGACAGCUCUGUGGUAUCUUUUCCUAACCCAUUUGACAGCGUGAAGGUGUUGUUGGACGUGUGUCGCCUUUGUCCGCACCUAGACGGAGACUCAAAGAAUGCAUUCAAUAACCUGCUUGUCCUCUGGGCUCUGCACUUUGCCGUCACAUCACAUCAGCGUAGGGAGCUCAGCAAGCUCAUCAAAUGUUCGCCAGAAAAAGAGAGUCAAGUUUAAAUUCAAGUUUUCUUAUCAGUAUCGACCAGUGUCACAUUCUAACGAGACACCAAUAUCAUGUGUGUGGUAUAAUGAGCAUUAUUUGUCAACAUUGAUGACUAUUCAGAGCAUGUAUGUCAAGAAAACUUACCUUAAUCCAAAAUUGCAAAGGAAUCUUAGACCUGAUCCCAAUAAUGUCAUGAUAUCUGUCAUGAUAAAUGUCAUGUGUUCUGUGAUGAGAAAUUAUCAAACACAUGAUAAACAUCAAUGAAACAGUGAAUGUAUGUACAGUGUCCUGGUGAUCCGACCAUACUAUAGGAUUAUGGUCACAUAUCCACAGUGUAGGUAGCUGCCAGACGUACACAGAAGCUGGUACACGCUUGAACUGUUCUGUUUAUCCUCAACUAUCCAAGCAUCUGUCCAUUGUAUUAUGAUAAAUACCCGAGACCCAUUCUCCACCUUAGCUUCAGAACUGACAUUAUCAUUUUAGUUCCUUUGUCACUGACUUUGUCCAGAAUUGAUCUUGCUCUUUGGCUUCAAAUUGAAAAUAGAUUGCCUCCUCUUAAUACUUUUUUCAGCAUAUAUCUACUUCCAAACGUGUGACCUUGUGCUUGCCCUCAAUAAAAUUGAUGGAAUCAGAAGAGAUCUGAAGACUUCAAAUCUGAUUUAAAUUGAGUUCAGGGUAUUUAUCGUAAGAUUGGAAAUACUCCAGAUUUUCAAGGAUGAGUUUUGUUCUAAGCAUAUACUGUUUCAUGUAGGUCAGACCUUUCUUUUUUAAUAUCAUCUGCUUCUAAAUCCAGGAAUGUAACCAAGCACCAGACUUUACAUAAUGUAUUGAAUGAAGUGGUCUGUAUCGAUAUACAGAUACACAGGUUGUCUUGUUUCGUGUAGCAGUCUAGAGCCCACAAGUCAUAAUGUGGUACAUCUUUCAUCUUUUGACCAAGCUAGCUGUGUUAUGU